CAUCUGGGCCUGGCGACGGAUCGCUGUGUAAUUGAUCCAUUUGUUCUACCGAAUCUACCAUCUCUUCGCUGGACACCUCAGUGUGGGGCCGACCCUCAGCUCUGUCCUCCCCCCACAGGUGCCUUCUUCACGUCCCUGCUGUUCUACCUGCUCUUCACCCGCCUCUGGGCCGUCUCUGUGCUGUACUUCGUGUGGUGGGUGCUCGACCGCGACACCCCAGAGAGAGGCGGACGGCGCUCAGACUGGAUGCGACGCUGGCGAGUCUGGCAGCAUUUGACUGAUUAUUACCCUGUCAAGCUGGUGAAGACGGCGGCUCUGCCCCCCGACCGGAGCUACGUGCUGGGCUCCCACCCCCACGGCAUCAUGUGCGCGGGGGCCGCAGCCGCCUUCUGCACCGAGGGCCCCGGCUUCUCCCAGCUCUUCCCCGGCCUACGGCCCAGCCUGGCGCUGCUGGCUGGACUCUUCCGCUUGCCCCUCUACCGCGAGUACAUGAUGGGCUUCG